AACUACCAGCCACCCACGGUGGUACCCGGGGGGGACCUGGCCAAGGUGCAGAGGGCCGUGUGCAUGCUGAGCAACACCACGGCCAUCGCCGAGGCCUGGGCCCGCCUGGACCACAAGUUUGACCUGAUGUACGCCAAGCGGGCGUUCGUGCACUGGUACGUGGGGGAGGGCAUGGAGGAGGGGGAGUUCUCGGAGGCCCGGGAGGAUAUGGCUGCCCUGGAGAAGGAUUACGAGGAGGUGGGGGUGGAUUCUGUGGAAGGGGAGGGAGAGGAGGAAGGGGAGGAAUACUAAACUCUCAAGGGUGCUGCUCGAACAGGGAACAUGAAUUAGUUGAGGCCCCCCCGGGGUCUGUAGCCGUGUGUGCGCCGCGCUCUGUCCUGUCAAUGGUCUGUGCUUCAAUGGAAAAGUCUGUGACGGACCCACCCGUCCUCUCCCGUGGGUCUGAAUAAAAAGCAUUCCCUGGC